AUGCAAAGCGAUUCAAAUGUGUUGGAGCAGCUAAGUGACGGUGGGCGAAACGAUAUGAUCGUCAAUUCUCUUUUGAAAUCGCUUAAGCAAUUCAGCGAGAAGAUGAAAAAUUUGCCUGAUUUGACGAUGCUUGAAGACGGUCGGGAUUUUAAGUUACUCACAUCCGAUAUAAUAUACCAGCUUAAGUUCAAGGAUCGUGCUCACGAUGGUUUGUUGCUUAAUGCUUACGACAUUUACGUUAGUGCCUACAACAAGCAGUGCCUUACGAAACAUUUGAGUUUGCUCGCGGUACUCAUUGCUACGUUUGGAUCUCGUGAGGUGUUAAACAUGAUAUAUGCAGCAAAAUCGGAUUUAGUUGUUGUGGAAACUGCCAAGUAUCUUGAAGUUGAGCUGGUCCGUCAAUUAGUUGACUCUGGAAAAAGCUUAGAUGAGUUGACGGAACUGAUUCUUCACAAUCAAAAGAGCGAUUUGGCAGUUUUUACAUGGGUUAAGUGUAUCAACGAAUAUAUGAAUCGAUUCCCAGAGGAAGAAUUCUGUCCGAUUCAAUUGGUGAGACAAUACGUUUUGGACGAGAAAUUGGCUGCGCUUGUUCUAGCAGCGACGCCUGAAUACGAGAAGGAUGCCAAACAAAUUCAAGAUAUGCUUAUGUUAGACUG